AUGGAGAACUAUUAUGGUUUAAUAGCUGGGAGUGCUGCAGCAGCCCUUGGAAUUCCCCCCACAAAUGCAAGGGAUCCUGUGGCUAAGAUCUUCCCAACACAGACAGUUCUAUUUACCAAACCCACACCAAGAAUGGCUGGUUUCUCUUCAAUGGGUCCAAAUAUUAUAACACCAGACAUCAUCAAACCUGAUAUUACAGCACCUGGGGUGAAUAUUUUAGCAGCAUGGUCUCCAGUAGCAAUUGGAGCCACAGCUAGACGCACACUUGACUAUAACAUAAUUUUUGGUACUUCUAUGUCUUGUCCACAUGUUUCUGCAGUGGCUGCUAUUAUAAAGUCAUGGCAUCCUUCUUGGAGCCCAACAACAAUAAAAUCUGCAAUAAUGACAACAGUUGUUUCUAAGUUUCACAUCUUAUUCCUGCCAACGACAGUCCUAGAUAACACUGGAAACUUCAUUAAAAGCAAUCCCCGUGGCGCCUCGACCACGCCUUUUGACUAUGGAUCCGGGCACAUAAAUCCAGUUGCAACCAUGGAUCCAAGACUAGUAUAUGAUUUUGAUUUGAGUGACAUUGUGGAUUUCCUCUACAGCAUUGGUGCAAGCUUUACACAACUAAAAAACCUCACUGGCAAGCUAACUUAUUGCAAGAAUCCUCCUAAACUGUCAAAUGAUUUGAACUAUACAUCAAUUGGGGUGUUCAACAUGAAUGGAAGUUUAUCGGUGCAUCGAACUGUCACCUAUUAUGGUGAAGGUCCGACAAUUUAUCGUGCACAACUAGAAUAUCCAAGCAAUAUAAAUGUUACAGUUAUACCAAAUGAGCUCAAGUUUGCAAAGUUUGGGGAGAAGAUGUAUUUCAGGAUAGAUUUCACUCCUUACAAGAGCAGUAAUGGAAGCUUUGUGUUUGGAGCUUUAACAUGGAUUAAUGGCAUCCACAGGGUUUGA